AUGGAGCCACUCGAAGAAGAGUCCUAUUACGAGUUUCGCGAUUCCUACGAUAUUGUGAUGGAAGCUGAGCAGAAAGAGUCUGAGCAGCCAAAGAAAGAAGCUCGGAAGCGGGGAAACAGAGGUGGAAAAGGAAGAUCGGAAGAAGAAAGAAAACGUCAUCGCGAAGAAACAAAACGCAGGGAACAAGAAGACAAACGACGAGACAGAGGUAAAGGGUGGCCAGCUGAUCGCACUGAUAGCUGGGGUCGCGGCAAUCAGUCUGCUCUCACCACACCUUCUUCCUACCACGCAAGCAGAGGUAAUGUUACGUACGGAGGGACAGUUACUGGUGUGACAAGAGGACUACCAAGCGGAAACGGUGGAUACAGACCUCCAUCGCAAGUGUCUGGCUGGGCGCCAGAACCCCCACCAUCCAAAGUCUUCGAAUUACCGAGUGGAAAUAGCAACGCUCCCUUGCCUAAGUCCAAAGUCUAUCAAAUGCCUGAGUAUCAAUGGGCAGGAGCCCCAGGCGUCACUUCCUGGCAGUCUCAGUCAAAGCCGAUUCUUUACCCGCCACCGAACUGGUGCAAAGAAGAAGUUAAAACGAUGAUUCUGCCGAUGAAAAUUGAAAUGACAGCGCUCUUUGACCAACCAUGGUUUCUUGAAAUGACAGGCGAUGCGCAACGAUCUGCCUGGUACGCAAAGCGAUCAGAGAUGGAAAUGAAGUACGCAGAUCAACUUCAGGAAGCGAAAGAAGAAGCAGAUCGCAGAAUGUUAGAACAGACAAAGAGCCUGAUCAAUGUUAUCAAAAAGACCAAAGAAAAGACUGGCUACUCCGAUACCGUGAAAGCUAGAAUCAAGAAUUUCAACUGGAAAGACUUGUCUUGCUACACAGAAGAGGAGCUUUCAUGCAAGCAUGAAGAAUUGGAGGAAGAUAUCGAAAAAAAUAAAGAACAAUUCACAGCGUGGCAAAAUCAAUGUCGACAGUGGGAGACCCAAAUGCGUGGAAAGUCCUUCGUUUCUCAAGCUCAAAUCCAGAAGAUCGAAGAAACGAAGAAAGAGUGGCGUGGAAUGGCUCAAAAGUUCAACCAAGUAGAAUCGAAAAUGCGCGCUCAAAUGAACAUCUUGGCGACGGAGAUCGAGUUUCGCAACGCCCCCAAGAAGCCCGAUUUCUUCGAUAGCGAUAUUUUCCAGCGUCCAGUCAGUCCAACUCCGGAGCCAAAGCGAUACACUCCAGCUCCUUCUCCACCACCUCCAGAAGUGCCGUCUUUUACUGGAAUGCCGACUGAUGAUUUGGAAAUUGUUGACGACUUACCGAAACCGCCUUCUCGCUAUUCCUACGACCAAAAACCUGGUUACGAUAUGUUCGAUUCAAGGGAGGACGAGUGGGACUCUCGAAACCGUUAUCGAGAUGAAGACCCUUCGAUGGAGCCUUACGGAUCAUCAGGCGCUUCCUCGUCACGCGUUUAUGACUAUUCGUCCGAACGAAGCUCCCGAUACGAUCCGUACGAACCCACAACUCAGGAAUCAUGGAAUCCACCUCCAAGAAAUGAUGACGAUUGGAACCCACCUAGUGAAGACCCUUAUAGAUACUCAAGAAAGAAAUCAGACGAUGAAUACGCAUUUAAUCAACGGGCACAAGUUUACGAUUACGAUUCUCGACCGAAAUCGCCCGGCGCGGAUAGAUGGGGCUUGCCCCCAUCUAGAAGCCCUCCGCGGUCGUCUUCUUAUGAUGCCAGAGGUGUUGAGAGUGGCUGGCGUUCGCCACCUCUCAGUACUGCAGGCAGCCGUGAUUAUGGCGAAAAAGCAGCCGAGAAGGCAUCCGAUAGGAUGCCUUUGAUGCCCCAGCGUCGCCGAUAA